GACGGCCCCGAGCGAGCCCCGGCCAUGGGCGAGAGGCGGCGCGGGGAGAGCGGCGAGCCGGGCACGGGGCUCCCCGAGGAGCAGGGCUGCUCCCUGCUGCAGCAGGCUGUGGCUGUGCUCCAGAGCUGCUCCCUGCACUCCAGCUCCCAGCAGGAACGUUUCCAGUACAGCAGAGCCACCCUGGUGGAGAAGGAGCUUUUCCUGAGCGAGCUCCGAGCUUUUGCACGAGCCAAGGCAGCUGCAGGGUACAGCCAGGAGGAGCUGCAGGAGACCUUUGCAUUCCUGCUCUUUGACAAGGAGGAGGAGGCUCAGCAGGUCUGUCAGAGCGGGCUCCGAGUCAACAGCAGCAACAUCUGCACCCUGGGGGACCCUGCCAAAGGGGUUUAUAUUUCCAAAUACUCUGACUGCCUCCACCCCAGCCCUUGGCACCAGGGAAAAUCAGGAUUUAUUGUCAUCUGUAAACUCAUCAAGGGCAAGGUCAGAGCCAUCCCUGAGAGCUCCCCCAGCAGCUCCACCUGCCCCUCGCCCGGCUACGACUGCCACGUGUCCAGCGGGAGCAGCCAGUACUACGUGUACGAGGUGAGCGGGGCGGGGGCGGCCGAGCGGCCCCGCCAGGUGUGUCCGUACGUGCUGCUGUCCUGCCAGUACCGCCCGCCCCGGGAGAUGCCCGCGCCGGCCCCGCCGCGCCCAGCGGAGCAGAACCACCAAGAGCCGCAGUCGCCGUUGGCACCGUGCCCGUGGCGGGGCCAGCUGUGCAUCGGGGGGCAGCGCCUGUGCACCAUCGGCCUGAGGAGCCAGCACAGCGCGGGCAUCGUGCCCGCACAGCUGCCUCCCAGCCUGGACAUCAAACACGUCAUGGGCUUGUCUGACUUGAAGAAAAAGCUGCCAGAAGCUGCAUUUGGGAAAAAAAAUUACACUAAGAACGAAGUCUGCUUCCAGGGCGUUUACUCCAGCCUCUACGAGGUGGAAAUCUCCCACAAGGAUCAGUCCAAAAUGGAUCUGCUGCUGGAGAACCUGAGGGAGAAGGACUUGGCAAUCAUCAAAUAUUUGCAGGACCAGGGAGUUCUCAUCCUGCUCACGUCCUCAGCCUUGGCACGGGAGGAUGGCCUGGAGCCCAAGGAGCCCGUCAGCCUGCUGGCCCUGUUCCUGUUCAGCUCCCCCCGGGCGCUGAGCCCCCGAGAGGAGCAGCAGGGUGCCAGGCCCAGGAGGGAGGGCAGCUCCCGGAGCUCCCUCUCGCUCAGGAUCGCCUCGGUGCUGCCGGGGCUGCGCUACGCCCUGCGCAAGGCAGCCGCCUCCUCCUGCGGCACCACAGGCAGCCCCCGCCUGCAGGAGCACCUCCAGGAGUUUGCAGAGCUGCAGGAGAGCUCUCAGGACACUCCCAGUGUCCCUGUGCCCUCUCCGUGCCAGGAUGGGGACGCCGGUCCUUCCCGGGAAUUUUCGGAGCAGUCCCUGGCCCAGCUGCGCCGUUACCUGUCCGACCCCGGCAGCUUCACCCUGGGGAUCUCAGCAGCCCUGCAGUGCCUGCGUGGGGCUGCCAGGAAUGUGGCGGCUGAUCCUGGCAAUUCCUCCUCCUCCUCCUCCUCCUCAGAGCCCCCAAGUGCUGCUCCUUGCACCAGAUCAGCGGGAGCCGUGCGGGAUAAGAGAGAGCUUCCCGCUCCAGAGAGAGCCCUUAAAAGUGUCACCUCUCCCACCAAGCCCUGGGGCCGGGAGCUCAGGAGGAAAUCCAGCAGGAUCCUGGGGAAGAACAUUCCAGCCCCCAGGGCACAGACACCUCCUGGGGAGGGCAGCAGCAGGAGCAGGGAGGCAGCCAAGAAAAAAACCAGCGGCGCUUCCUCUGGUCCCAGAAAAUCGGGAUCCGCGGGAAGCCCCAACGAGCCCAUGCUGAAACUGGCCAACCUGCAGCUGCCACACGGAAGGAAAAGAGGUGCAGAGGUCCUGGCUGCAGAAAUUGUCCACAAACCCCAGUGUGAAAGUGCUGAGGAGGAGGAGGAGAGCUCAGCUCCCAAUGGUCCUGCUGUGGAGGCAAAGAGGCCCAAAACCCUGGAAAACCUGGACACUAAGAAGGUUCCUGUCACUGAGAGUGGCACCACAAAGCCAGGGAAAAGCAAAGUGCAGAAAAACGGGGAAAACAGAGCAGCAAAACCUCAUGAGAAGCUGCAGGAAGAGAGUGAGCGGAAGGAGCAGCCCUCGGAGCUCCCCGGCGAAGCCCCGUCCCAACCGCCCGGAGCAGAAAUCCCAGGGAAUGCUCAUCCCAUGGCAAUUCCCAGCACUGCCUUUGCCCUGCCAGGGGACAACAGCGACUCCCACGCCCUGAACCUGCUGGCUGACCUGGCCCUGGGCUCCUGCAUCCCUGCCUUUAUUCCCGAGGAUUCUGGGGUGGUCCCGGCGGAAUGCGGGGAUUCCUCGGAGCAGCAGAGCCCGUCCGACCCCAAAUCCCUGCGCGCGGCCUCCGACCACAAAUACCACAGGGCAGACAGGCAGGGCAAGAAACCCACCUGCAGCAAGGUGUCCCAGAGCCAGGCACUCCCUGAGCCAGCAGAUCCCAGCCCGCUGGCCUCUCCUCCCGGGGAGAAAUCCUCUGGAAUUGUCAGCAGGAGCGGCGCCGCGUUCCAGGCGUUCCCUCCGCGGCCGGCCCCGCCAGCCUGCGAGCCGAACUCACACUCCAUCAUCUCAGCCGAGCACUCCUACGCCUCCCCCCUGCCCGAGGAUCCCAGAGCACCCCCAGAUCCCAAAGGGAGUCACCCCAGGAGUGCCCCGGCUGCUCCCCUGGUGGGGAAGGUGCUGCCGUUCCGGCACCAGCAGAGCGGCGCCGCCGAGCCCGCCCGCGGCCGGAGCUGUCCCAGGAGAAAGGAGGAGUUCUCCAGGAGCCACACGGUGAGCCUGUGUGGCAGCUCCAUGAAGGUCACCUGCCGCUGGGAGGAGGAGUAUCUGUUCCACCUGGACAGCAGGUACACCAACGAUUCCCUGGAGAAAACUGUCAUCCGGGCCCUGCACGGGCCCUGGGAUCCCGAUCUCCCCGACGACGUGGAGGGGAUGAAGCUGAUCCUGCACAUGUGGGUGGCCCUGUUCUACAGGAAGCCCAGCAAGCUCCUGAGCAGCUCCAGGAAGGUGGUGGAGCACAGCAACCCCAGCAAAUUCGUCUCCAUCAGCAGCUCCGGCGGCUUCCUGGAGCUCAGCGACGACAGCCAGGACUGCUUUGGCUUCGAGACGUGCCCUGCAGACUCGGGCUGGGACCCUGACCAGACCCCCAGCAGCUCCCUGGACCCCAGCCCCCCGUGCCAGGGCAGCCCCCAGCCCCAGCCCCAGCGCGGCCCCGCGGGCUCCCGGCAGCCGGGAGCAGCCGUGGACAGCACCGUGUCCUCCUCCUCGGGGGAGCUGCCCUGCGGGGACGACGAGGAGGAGGAGGAGGAGCAGGAGCCUUCCUCCACCAGCUGUCCCGAGAGCCUUUCCCUGCAGGAGGAGCAUUCCAGGGAAACAAGGCUGGGUGUGGAGCCCGAGGGGAGCGCUCGCGCUGUCUCCAGUGUCACUGCCAGUGUCACCAACACGGAGGAGCCAGCCAAGGAGGAGCUGCCGGGUGCCAGGAUCUCCCCCAGCCCUCCCCAGGAUCUCGGCUGUCCCAGCAAAUCCCCGGGCACGGGGAAGCCCGGGAGCCAAACCCCCAACUCCAGCACAGCUCCAUGGACAGAGCCCCCCAGUGCCCCCCAGGAGAACGGGGAGCAGGAAGAGCAGCAGGGAGAGCAGCGGGAGGCAGCCCCAGGGAGCGGCCCCGGCCCUCCCGAGGAUGAGGAGGGAGCGGGAGGCUCCGGGCGUCCCCUGGAAGGCGGCGAUGGCGCCGAUGCGCAGCCUGCAGGUGACUCCCUGCCCUUGGAAGCAGCUCCUGGAAGUGCAGAGCCUGAGGAAGGGGAGGAAUGCCAGGAGCCCUCGGAGCACUCAGAAAAGGAGGAGAGGGAGGAGGAGGAGGAGGAGAAGAAGGAGAAUGAGGAGUUGGAGGAUGAAGGCUCCUUCAUGGGCCCCGUGGGUUUGGUGCUGUCGGAGAGCAGCGAUGCCGAGAUGGAAUGUGAGCAGAAUCCAGGGAAUUCGGCGUCUCCAGAGCAGUUUGGUGUUCCUGAGCAGGACCCCGUGCCCAGCCCCACCUCCCUGGCACCCCCCUGCCCCGACAGAGUCUCCCCAGCGCCCUCAGGUGGGGCUGGGGCUGUCCCUGGAGGAUUUGCUGAGGAGGUGCCACCAAACCAGGGGCAGCUCCCGGAUCCCUGGGACGCUCUGGGCACGCCGGGGUCGGAGCCAAGCGGGGCUGGAGUGGCCGAGGUGGGGUCACCCCACAGUGAGAGCAGCAGGGAGCUGGCAGUGCCCGCCGUGCCCAGCCCUGUGCGUGGGGCACAGCCCGACAGCGUCACAGACAGCCCGGGGCCUGCUGGAGCCACAGAGCGGGAGCCGGCGCCCUCUGCAGAGCCCUGGGAGCCGGCCCCGAGCCCGGGAUCCCCCUGCAGGCCCGGAGUGAGCCUGGCCCUGUCCCCCGACACCAGCUCCGUGUGCCCGGCCUCUCCCAGUGCAGCCAUGGACCCGUGGGGUGCCCCAGAGCCUCAGCCCACGGGGAGCCUCCGGUCACCGUCCCCGAGCAGCCCGGGGCAGCGGGGCGGGGGCGACGCCGAUGCCAGCCCCGAUUCCCUGGGCGCUGAGGAGUCAAACCAGGCUGGGAACGGGGGUUUGGGGGAGGAACAGCUGGGGAGCCCCUCUGGCAAUGGCGUGGAGGAGCUGGAUGAUCCCGCGGGGGCAGGAGAUGGCCGGGACUCCCCCUGUGAGUGCACAGACACAGGAGAUGAGUGCGGAGCUGAGGAGAGCGGGGAUGCGUUCCCUGGGGUGGAGAAUUCCCCUGGGAGCGACACCACGAACACGGAGAUGGCAGAGACCCCUCCCCACCACCACCUGCUGGAAGCAGAGCCCUCCUCCUCCAUCAGCGAGGCCAUCUCAGCCACGCAGCAGCUCCCCAGGCAGCAGCAGAGCUUCCCAGACAUCCAGGGGGACUCGGCUCCCGCUUCUCCUGCCGCCGGGGUCUCCAGUGCCGGCGCUGCCGCGGCGCCAGGCCGGCGGGAGUCGGUGCUGUGCCGCCUCUGGAAGCCGGGCCGGGAAGGAGGAGCCGUGCAGGUCAGCGUGGCUGCCUGGAGCCUGCAUGGCUCCUUCCACCCCAGCUGCUCCCAAGAGCUGCUGGAGUCCCCAGCUCCCUGCUCACCUGUGGAACCAGGAUCUGCUCCUCCUUCCCCGUGUGACCCGUGGGACGAUCCGGAGCCUGCAGAGCCAGGCUCACCCCUGCCUGAGGCGCUGCCCGGGAUGCUCCCUCCCACUCCGGACAGUGCACGGUGGGCUGGGAGACACGGCAGCCAUGGCAGCCCCAGGAACAGCCCCAGGAACACCCGGGAGUGUCCCCUGUGCCAGCCCUGGGAUGAGUGUGAGCACCACCCCGAGGGAUCCCAGGGCUUCCCUGAUCCCGACUGUGCUGGCACUGAGGUGGGACAGGGGGAAAUUCCCGCUUCUCCCACCCCGUGGGACGAGCCCGGGGAUCCCUCUGGAGAGUUCAGUGAUGCCCAGGAUAUUCCGGAUGUGCUCCCAAGGGAAGAGCAGCUGCCAAGCCAAGACACCCACGAGGGCUUGGCCUUUGAGGAUCCAUUGGAGAAUUCCUUCGGUGACUCAGACCAGGAAUAUUUGGAGGGGAAUUCUCGCUCCCCUCUUCCGAGCAGGAGCUCCUGCAUCGUGAGAUCCGUGGAUGCUGCAGGAGCAAGGACUACCUGGGACAGCUCCUCCAGGAGCUCCGAGCCCACGGAGGAGCCCGGGGAGGGCUGGCACUGGGACAUUCCCAGGGAUUCCGGGGGCAUCGUGGUCACCAGGCAGUGCCAGGACAGGGUGGCACAUUUCCAGCCGCCCCGGAGGCGCAGCCGCCGAGCCCGCGAGUGCCACCUGGCCCGGUCCCUGCUGGGGACGUGGCGGGGCCUGCAGGAGAUCACCCAGCACACUUUGGACAUGGAGUGCCUCCGCUUCCACUAUAAGCUAAAAGAAAUCCUAAGGGACGGCAAGCCGCCCUUUGCUACCUCCAGGAGCCUCUUCCCGACGGCCUCCCCUGCCCGCGUGCCGCUGUCCCCGCGCAGCAGGAGCCCCCUGCGGGUGACCAUCCCGCCCUCGGACGGGUGGCCCCGCUCCCGCCGGGACCCUCGGGCUGCCAGGAGAGCGCAGAGCCGGGAGCGCGGGGCCGCGCUGCGCCUGGCCCGGCUGCGGCACCGGCCCGGCCCGGAGCCCCGCGGGGACGGGGAUGGAGAUGGGGACAGGAACGGGGACGUGGCCGGCAUCCUGCGGGAGUUCUCCGAGUUCCAGAGGCUGCUGCUGGCCGGGAGCGCCGCCCCGGGGCAGGGGGAGCGCGGGGGCGCCCGCCCGGGGCUGGCCCGGCCCCCGGAGCUGCGGGCAAUGGUGGCGGAGCUGUGCGGGGCCCUGCGCUGCCACCUGCGCCGCGUGGCCGCCGGCCGGCAGCCCGGCAUGUUCUACCUGCUGGAGAGCGGCCGGGAGCCCUUCUUCGACAGGGCCAAGGCCCUGCUGGAGGCGCGGGGCUUUGUGAGCACGGAGCCCCUGAGCUUCUGCAGCGCCCGGCGCGGGCACGAGCGGCUGCUGGUGAUCGUCAGGAACCAGGACAUCGCCUCGCACAUCCACACGGUGCCAUGCCUGCUGGAGCUGAAGCGCUGUCCCAGCGUGGUGUUUGCCGGCGUGGAUGAGCCCGAGGAGGUGACAGGUGACACCUUCCAGGAGCUCUUCCAGGCCGGAGGGUUCGUGGUGUCCGACGAGGAGCUGCUGGAAAGGGUGACCCUGGGCCAGCUGAAGGAGGUGGUGAAGCUGCUGGAGAAGCUCAACAGGAGCGGGAGGUGGAGGUGGCUCCUGCACCACAGGGAGAGCAAACAGCUCAGAGGAGACCUCAGGGCCGAUGGCAGUGCCCAGAGGAAGCAGCAGCUGCUGAGGUGGUGCCAGGGGGCAGAGCUGCUGGAGCUGCUGCCCUUCCACGGCUGCGACGCGGCGGCCGAGCCCCGGCACACCCAGUGCCUGCUGGGGCUGCAGGCGCAGCACGUCCGCGCCCGCUUCGCCGUGUUCCUCACAGAAAACCCCAGCAGCAGCUGCAGGGAGAUGCUGGAAAGCAAAGGAAUUCUGGUGGCUGACAUCUCCACCUUCCUCGGGACGGUGCAGAAAGUGGCUGCUCCCUUCAGAAGAAGCUACUGGUAA